CGUCCUUGGUGCUUUGCCUAUUGGGUGGCGUGACCGCUCUCGUUCAAUUCGCUACGGUUUACUAUUGGCCUGCACUUUUCAGCCACGCCCCCCUCACUUUCCUCAUCUCUCCCAAAUCCUUGGCCGACUCUCCUCUUCCUAUUUUCAUUGGUCUUUUUGUUGAACUUUACUUUGCCCGCCUCCUUCCCCCCCCCCCCGAGCGCUCUCCAAUCCUUGGCUUUCUCUGUAGAGUCCUCGCAGCGCUCAUUGGUCCGCUGGAGCUAUUGCUCUCUCAGCCGAACUCCAGCAGGCUUCCUCAAUCGGGCCUUUGGCUGUACCUUGUAUUCUUCUCUCUUGUUUUUUUCCCUGGGACUCGGCUGGGCCUUUCCCUGGGCAGCGUCACUGGAAGUUGAGCGGGGACCGUCUCUGCCGCUAACGGCGAGCUACUCCCCAAUCACUGACGGGGAUCCUUGCAGUGCAGAAUAAAUAAGACCAGGAGGACUAAGGGGCCAGCUAUGCAUGAAGUUGUACUCUGCACUCCUGCCUGCCUCUCUAUCUUGUACUGCUGCUGAUUCAGUGUAGACUGGAAUCAAAACCUCAUCAAGGCACACAGAAGGCAGGUAAUUGCACAGAAGAUUUUACUGCAAACUGUCAAGAUGAGUCCUUCACAGUGGGACUUUCCAGUGGAACUGUGUUGCCGGCCUAUGGCCUUUGUUACACUUACAGGCUUGGAUGUAGUGUAUAAUGCUGUUCAUCGGGCAGUUUGGGAUGCGUUUUGUGCAAACAGGAGAGCAGACAGAGUACCAAUUUCUUUCAAAGUACUCCCUGGUGAUCACGAGUAUCCUAAAUGUAGAACAAAGAGAACUUCAUACGAAUGGUACAUACCAAAAGGUAUCUUGAAGACUGGCUGGAUGAACAAGCAUCUGAAUUUGGUACCUGCGCUUGUUGUGGUGUUCUAUGAGCUGGACUGGGAUGAACCACAGUGGAAAGAAAAGCAGUUGGAGUGCGCUACUCGAGUUGAAAUUGUCAGGCAGAGUUUGCAGGGAAGAAAUACAAAAGUUGCUGUGGUUCUGAUUCAGAAGAAAACACCAUUACCUCCAGGAGAAGAUGUUAUUGCUUCUGAAAGAGCAGCAGCUUUAUGCAAUGCUUGUGAUCUCUCUGGGAAAUCGCUUUUUGUUUUGCCGCACACUGAUCACCUUGUAGGUUAUAUUAUAAGGUUAGAGAACGCUUUUUAUGAACACACACAGACUUACUACUAUACGGAAAUUCGAAGGGUGAAAUCUCAUAAAGAAUUCUUGAACAAAACAACUCAUCAGCUUUUGUUUGUUAGACAUCAGUUCAAAAUAGCGUUCUUCAGUGAGUUGAAGCAGGAUACACAGAAUGCUUUAAAAAACUACAGAACAGCAUAUAAUCUUGUACAUGAAUUGAGAGCUCAUGAAACAAACAUGUUGGAAAUCAAGACGAUGGCAGGAUUUAUAAAUUAUAAGAUUUGUCGCCUGUGUUUUCAGCAUAACACACCGCUGGAUGCAAUUGCACAGUUUAGAAAACAUAUAGACUUGUGCAAGAAAAAAAUAGGGAGUGCAGAGUUGGCUUUUGAACAUGCUGCCUGGAUGUCAAAACAAUUUCAGGCUUUUGGGGAUUUGUUUGAUGAAGCUAUUAAGCUAGGGUUGACAGCUAUUCAAACUCAGAAUCCAGGCUUCUAUUACCAGCAGGCGGCAUACUAUGCACAAGAACGGAAGCAACUGGCUAACCUUCUCUGUAAUCAUGAGCCUUCUGUGACAUAUCCCAGUCCAGAUCCGCUGGAAACGCAAACUGGAAUGCUAGACUUCUAUGGACAAAGGCCAUGGCGGCAGGGAAUAAUAAGCUUUGAUCUCAAUGAUCCUGAAAAGGAGAAAGUGGGGAUUCUGGCACUGCAACAGAAGGAGAAAAAGGUUCUUCACUCUGAACUAAUAAUCACCUUGCUGAGUAAUGCAGUCGCCCAAUUCAAGAAAUACAAAUGUCCAAGAAUGAAAAGUCACUUGAUGGUUCAGAUGGGUGAAGAAUAUUACUAUGCUAAAGAUUAUACAAAAGCUUUGAAGCUGCUAGAUUAUGUUUUAUGUGAUUACCGUACUGAGGGAUGGUGGACCCUCCUUACUUCUAUACUGACCACAGCUCUUAAGUGUUCCUACCUCAUGGCACAAAUAAAAGAUUACAUUACAUAUUCAUUAGAGCUGCUGGGAAGAGCAUCUACUUUGAAAGAGGAUCAAAAAUCUCGCAUAGAAAAGAAUCUGAUUAAAGUUCUUAUGAAUGAGACUCCAGAUCCAGAACUUGACUGUGAUACUGCUUCUGUGAAAGCAGCACAGAAGCUGUGGGCUGAUAGAAUUUCUCUGGCAGGCAAUAAUAUCUUUACAAUAGAAGUGCAAGAUUUUGUUCCAUUUGUGCAGUGUAAAGCCAAAUUCCUUGUUCCAAGUUUCCAUGUUGAUACCCCAGUUCAGUUUGACAUAUACUUGAAAGCUGAUUGUCCUCAUCCUAUCCGUUUCUCGAAGCUCUGUGUCAGCUUCAAUAAUCAGGAAUACAAUCAGUAUUGUGUGGUGGAAGAAGCAUAUCAAAAAAGUGACAUCCUGGAGCCAUCCACACAGGGGACAUUGUGUCUUAUCCCAGGAAAAACAAAAAAAUUCACUUUCAGAUUUGUGGCAAAAACAGAAGAUGUGGGAAAGAAGAUUGAGAUUACAUCAGUGGAUUUGAUUCUGGGCAGUGAAAAUGGCAGAUGUGUGAUAUUGAACUGGCAUGGUGGAGGAGGAGAUGCUGCUUCGUCUCAAGAAGCAUUGUUGGCUGCUCGCUCCUUCAAAAGGCGACCUAAACUUCCAGAUAAUGAGGUUCAUUGGGACAGCUUGACUGUUCAGGCAAGCACCAUGAUCAUUUCCAGAGUGCCCAACAUUUCUGUCCAGCUUAGACAUGAACCACCUGCACUCAUGAACGAAAUGUACUGUUUGAUUGUGACAAUCCAAUCGCAUGAGAAGACAGUUGCCAAAGAUGUAAAGCUCACAGCAGGCUUAAAACCAGGCCAAGAUGCAAACCUGACCCAGAAAACUCAUGUGACUCUAAAUGGAACAGAAAUGUGUGAUGAUUCCUAUCCUGCCUUACUUCCUGAUAUUCCUGUAGGAGACUUGCAGCCAGGUGAAAAGUUGGAGAAAGCUAUCUAUAUCCACUGUGGAACAGUUGGUACCAGGAUGUUUCUCAUGUAUGUUUCCUAUCUAGUGAGUGCAACCAUUGAAGGAAAAGAGAUCCUCUGCAAAUGUCACAGGGAUGAAACUGUUACUAUAGAGACUGUGUUUCCAUUUGAGGUAGCUGUUAAGUUUGUCUCUACUAAGUUUGAGCAUCUAGACAAAGUAUUUGUAGACGUACCAUUUUUACUGAUGACUGACAUCCUAAGUGCUUCACCUUGGGCCCUUACUAUUGUAACCAGCCAGCUACAGCUUUCUCCUUCUAUGAUACCAGUGGAUCAGCUAGAAUCUUAUGUGGAGAAUGUUGUUUUACAGACAAGUGAGAGUGCUAGUGAAUGUUUUUGCCUUCGUUGUCCACCAGUUACCAGUGGUCAAAAUGGAGUGGCUACUGGGUGUUAUGUAAUCUCCUGGAAGAGGAGCUCAGCUGUGAAUAGCAUACCUAUUGUUAAGACUGUGAUCACACUUCCCCAUGUGAUUGCAGAAAGUAUUCCUCUCCAUGUCAAUGCAGAUCUGCCCUCAUUUGGUCGAGUCAGAGAAUCCUUGCCUGUAAAAUAUCACUUGCAGAAUAAGACUAAUUUAGUUCAAGAUGUAGAAGUGUCAGUGGAACCCAGUGAUGCCUUCAUGUUUUCUGGUCUUAAACAGAUAAGAUUGCGAAUUCUUCCUGGUACUGAACAAGAAAUGUUAUACAACUUCUAUCCUCUCAUGGCUGGAUAUCAGCAACUACCAUCUCUCAAUAUCAACCUGCUACGGUUUCCACAUUUCACUAACCAGCUGCUUAGAAGAUUUAUACCAACACACAUCUUUGUAAAGCCACAGGGCCGCCAAGCAGAUGAUGCUUCUAUUGCCGCUGCAUAACUGAGGAUCCAUGCACUAAAGGGAAACCGAAUUUUGCACAGACUACAUAGAACUCCACUCCUAUCAUAAUAGCUUUGCUCAAGCUAAAUGUAAAACUUUAUUUUUAGAUUGGUAACAGCUACCCGAAAACUAAUGGAUUAACAAAGUCUCUUUGUGGACUUGAUGCUAACAAAUAAAUACACAGGGAAAAAGUCAGUGCUCUUAUUUAACAUAAUUGGUCUUUUCUUUUGACUUCCUGAAAGUUUAAGUAGAAGUGUUAUUUAUUACGUAUAUGGAAUAUUUUGGCAAUGUGGAUUAAGUUUAACUCUGCCAAAAAGAAGAAAAUUUCAUUCAGUCUUCCCAAAUGUUGUCUUGAUGUGCAAUGUCUGGCUUUUGUUGCAAUAACUGUAUUUUUCUCAUAUUUUAUAGGAUUUACAUGUCUGCUGUUUAUAGAUCCUUAUGUUUGUGCCCUUCUGUAUGUCAAGUAAAGAACAGGAUACAGUUAUAUCCUUAUUGUCUUGCAGGCUGUGGAUACCUUACAGCACAUGAUGGAUAAUUCCAGAUGUUGAAUGAACAAGUGUAAUUUGCAGUAAUACCUGGAAAUACUUGAGGCACAUACUGGCCUCUAGUAAUGCCGUGUUAGCUGUUGUAAAAUUCCUGUGGGCUUCCCCUUUUCUGUAGCAAGAGACAAAGAUGCCAGCAAGGUGGGGGCGGAAGGGACACCACAGAAGUGAGGAAGUUACUAAGAGGAAUUUUUGUCAUAGUAUAACCCUGAGCAAAUCCAGGCUUCUUUGGACCCAUCCGUUCUUCAGUGCUGUCAUGUCACUGAUAGUCUUUAUCAGAGAAGAACCGCAAAUAAUAGGGGAUAGUAUAGCACAGGUUCUUUUUAAGGAACCCAUGUGUGGCUCCUUUGACUGAUCAUCCUUACAAAACUGCCUCAUAAUUCCAUUGCCAUGGAGGCCUCUCCCACAGAAUGAUAAGCCUUUGGAGACAAGCUGAAGCUUUUGGCUAAUACGUACACGUAUAAAAACAUGCAUUUACAAACCCUUCAGGUGAGACAUGACAAGCCAGUUCUCUCUCUCUCUCUCUCUCUCUCUCUCUCUCUCUCUCUCUCUCUCUCUCUCUCUCUCUCUCACACACACACACACACACACACACACACACACACACACACACACACACACACACACACACUCUUAGGUUUUUCUAUACCCAGUGGGAGACUCUCCCCAUGAUUGGGAACAUGGGGCACCCCAGCAUUCCUGGUCAUGGAGAUACUUUCCUGGUUGAUGCAGUAUUUGUCACUACAGACUAAUGCUGUAUUCAUAGACAGUACCCACUGAAUCUGUCAGUGUGGGGGCAGGGCUUGUUGCACAUUGCUGUGGGUGUUGUAAAUUGGAAUCCCUUUUAAGGAAUAAUCCCCUAUGAUGCAGCAGUUCUAUCUGGUCUUAAAGAAAGGUGGCUGGAUUAGCUAACAGUUCAUCAGGUAAUUCUACAUAUAGAAUGUCAGUCAAUUAUCUAAGAGAAAUUCAACCUAUUGAUGUUCAUGUGAGCUGGUAUUUAGAAUUUCCACAGUAAAUCAUGUAAAUAAAUGCUGUUUUGUGAGAUUUUCCAUUGUUUAAUAAAUUAAUUUAAGCUUUG